AUGGGGAACCACCCGCUGGGGAACCCACAAACCAAGGCUGGAGGCCAGGCGCUAAGGGCAGGCCAGGGUGCUGCUUCUGGAACCAGAACGGAACAUGCCAAGGAAGACUACAGCAGAGCAGUCAUCAGGCUGGGCUGUGAAGUCUCUAAGAGACUGUGGGCUCCGGGCACACGGCUGGACAGGGCAGCACUGGGUGUCCCCACACACUCCACCCGCGCCGGACCACAAAGCAGAAAACCAGAAGAAAGAAAGCAGCACCUCUUGAGCGAGACAGAGAAGCCCCAUUCCUUCCGCAGUGUCCUCCAGCGCCCUCUACGGGCAGCCUACCACCGUGCACACAAGAGACGCAGAAAGGGUCCCAUCCACGGUUGCAGGGCCGGCCCUGAAGAGGGCAUUUGGAGCUCACAGACCAUGAAUGGAUCACGGGCACUCUCGUGCAACUAA